CGCAAAUAACGAAGACUUUUUGUUAGGAUUAUUUUCGCCGUCGUGAUACAAUAAUAAAUGUUUUGUCAAAAUUAGACAGAUAAAGCAUGCCUUCAGCUUCUGCAAAGCUCGAAAAGCAAACGUCUACUGAGACGUUUGAUCCUGUUAAACAAGUUCUAACUAUUGUUGAAAAAAAAGUUCGUAAUUUAGAGAAAAGAAAGGGAAAGCUUGAUGCUUAUCGACAAGAUUCGAGGAAUGGUAAAGAACUUAAUGAAGAUCAAAAGAAAGCAGUGGAGAAAUAUGAUCAAGUAUUAGAAAUUUUAGAUUUUGCGAAAGAACUUCAGAAGCAGUUUCAAGGCGUGAUACAAGAAUGCUCAAAAGCGCAGAAGAAAGCAGCCAAGCGAGAACAGUUAGAACGCCAGCAACUAGAGUUGCAAAGGAUAAAAGAAAUUAUUGUUUACCAAGACCUACUUACUAGUAUGGGUGGAGAAGAUGUUAGACAAGACUUUUUAAAUGGAACUAAUGGUGCUGUGAAAUUAUCUGAAGAGGAGUUGAAUAGUCUUGAUGAAUUAUAUAAAGCUAUUUGUCCUGAGAGAGAUACAGAUGCUGAAAGUUCUGAGUUCGAUCAGUUGAUGUCUACAGCUGCAGAACAUAUUCAAGCUUUAUUAGAUUCAAAAAGUAAAGAAGCAUUUGGCACUACAUAUAAAGGAAUAAGGGAAACUCUUCAAAAAAUUCAAUUUUGUAGCUAUUUUAAUAAAAGUGAGAAUGAAAUGCCAGCAGAAGUUGAAUCAAUUGAAAGUGUACCAGAAGAUAAAGAUACUAAAAGCUUAGAUCAAGAUUAUGCACAAGAAUCCGACGCUACUGUACGAAAUGAGGUUGAGGACGAUUUACUGGCACAGCAAAGUGGUCUAAGCACAACUGCUCAGAUUGAUAGACCAUUUUAUCCCAUGGAAAGCUCAUCUCUAUAUUCUGAGCAGAGUCAUCCUAUUCAAGAAGUUUUAUCUGUUCAAGGCAAUUUAAAUUUUUUACAAGAGUCCCAAAUUGAAGUGGAAGCUUCUUGCACAGAACCACAAGCAGCCUCAUCUCUUCCAGGAGCAACCUAUUCAAGUGUACAGUUUUCGCCAUCAUCCCAGUCAAUGGCAGCUGCAGCAAGCAUCGUUUCACAGCAUCGCACACGGAGACCAAGCGAAGAAACCAUGUCCAGUCAUCCAUCACCUAACAUAGUACUCGCUAAUUCAGCAUCCUUGCAGCAACAGGUUGGACAAAGCAUUCCAGCUUCGGUAUCUAUUCCUCCAACCACACAGCCCAUCGAUUUUGACCCUGCCCGACCUAUACCUACACAAACAUACACCAAUCAAAGUUUCUCCUCGGCAGUCCAUCCGAUGAUGGCUGCCGUGACUCAAAAUUAUGUUCCUGUUGUCACUUUACCACAUUCUAUUCCUCCGCCUCAUGUAUUGUCUUCAAACAUGGCUUCAAACUUGGUUGUGCAACCUUUGCCUCCGAGAAGCACGGUGGCUUCCUCGCCUCUGGCUGCUAAUCCUAACGCUUUGUCAAUGGCAGCACAGACUUCGGUGAGUGGACUUUCAGCUGCAUCUGCGCUCUCUCAACAGGCGAACAUCUAUUCGCUUUGUCUGAAAAUGAAUCAAUUGAAUUCUGAAAGUACCCAACCUUCUGUUACAUCUCCUUAUGAAUGUAAUGAAAUACAAGAUGGUAGUAUGGGAAAAAAUUCAAGCGCUUCAUUUGGUAAUAAUCGUGAUACUGGUAAUGGCAGGGAGAGUCGAUCAAGGUGUGGAAGUAAUGCUUAUCAAAGAGGCUCUGAUCAAGUUGGAUAUGGAAAUGACACAGCUUACCAAAGUACCAAUAACAGUCAAGCUUAUAUAAGUAGAGACACUUACACCGAUACUUCAAGCUAUAGUAGCAAUUUAAAGAGAGGGUUAAGUGCAAGAGGAGGAGCAAGAGGAGGUACUGCACCUAGAGGAACCAAUAGUACUCGGGGAAGCAGAACUGGCUAUAGGAAUUAGCAAUUUCAUCAUUUUGUACUUUUCUUCUUUAGUUUUUUUUUCUGUGACAAUAUGGGAACUCAUAAGUGGCUGGGUACUCAUUACGUGUUGCAUUUGCAACAAUGUCACGCCUACUGUCUGAGCUCACUAUGUGGUGCUUCCAAAAAAAAAGAACAUUUUGUUAGCAAUAGGUGGAUUUUAAAUAUCAGUUCGUACAAUUCUCACCUUUUUAGGUAUAAUUUUUUCUUUGUUGGAAUGCUCUAUGUAUUGGAAAUUUGCAACGUUUAGCAUUUCUUAUAAUUGGGACCAUUUUACCAGAAGUUGUAUUGUUUUGUUUUGAAACACUAAGUAACCAGGUGAAUAAAAAUGGAAAGAAAAAAAUGCAUGCUUUUUUUUCCUUUCAAUAAAAAAUUUUCUUUUUCUUUUUUCUACAAUUGUUUCAACCAUUACAUAUAGUAUGUUAUGCAUACUUAUAACUCAUAAAAAGCACUUAAUCACUAAAUGCUUUAUAACCUGUUUUUCCUUCAAUGACUUUCUUUAUUUGUUUCUUAGCAUUUUAAUUCCCUAAGAUAUAUGUCAAUCAUGAAAGAACUUCAGAUGAUAUUUGUUUCCUUUUCUUUUGGUAUUCAAUAAAAAUUGCCUGACAAUUUUUCUGUAUUUUAUCCUGAAAUGGACGGAAAAAAAAAGUUUCUUUUACUGUAAAAAAAACUUUUCUAUCCCCUCCCUCUAAAAAAAAAAAAUCUGAAAAUUGCAAUGCAUACUUUAGCGUACAUAAAUUUUAAACAUUAUUGAAAACUUCAUCUCUACUUAUCUGUAUUGAUCAUGUUUGACAUACCUUUUUCAAAAAUAAAUGAAUGUAGAAUUUUAAAAUUUUAUUUUAUUUAUUUGGACUUAAAGUAAAAUAUUGUGAUUCAUACCAGUUUAAUCAGCUGUGUCUUGUAACGUUAAUUUUUUUGUUGCAGUAAAUCUUUUGUCGGAUAAAAAAUACUUUUAUGUGAAUUUAUUUAUUAACUUUUUAUGCAUUUAUGUUGUGUAAGUCAUUUAAAUAGUAUGCAAUAAUCCGAAAUUUGCAUUUAAGUAGUAUGUCAUCCAAUCAUAAUUCAGUUGGCUAUAAUUUGGAUAAAACAAUCAAUUAUAUGAGUUUGCUUUUAAUAUAAAAUAGUGGUAUUUGGUCAAGGACGGAUCCAAAAAUUUUUCAAGGUGGAGGGUGGUUGAUUUUUUAACUUACCUACGUAUUUAAUUAAAACAUUCUCUGCAUAUGGGGGGGGGGGGCAGCACAACAUUUUUAUCUACCAGGGCAAAUCUACAUACUCCUUUUUCCAAACAUUGCGAAAAAUCGUAUAAUAUUGUAUCUUUGAAACUUCAAAAAAUUUCCAAGAAGGAGAUUCGAAUUGGCACCCCAUUUCUUUCCUAAACUUCAAAUAUGGCCAAAAUUUGCAUUUUAAGACUUCAAUUUGUAAAAUUUGCCAGUGCAGCGUCCCUCAAAGGAGAGGCAAUCGCCCCCCCCCCCCCUUUGUUUCCGUCCUUGUGUUUGGUUAACUUUUACACGAUUAACUAAUUUAAAAACAAAACUUCUUAAGUAGUGCUAGCAGUAACUCCAAUUCUAUUUGCUGGAAGGCAAUAAUUGCACAGGGUAGAUGUGCCAAUUAAGGAAAUGAAGUUUUUUAAACAAUUAAUUUGCAUAUUAUAAGCGUAAUUUAAUGAAUUCCAUUUGCACAACUUCUUAAAGUUACAUCUUUGUCUUGUAUACUUCAAACCUUUUGAAGGAAGUAUUUCCAUGUGUUAUCUAAAAUGUAUCCCAAUUCCAAAAGUGGAUCCUACAAAAUGCGAAUUCUAAUAAAUAAUGUUGACUAUUUCCAACCUUAUGGAACCAUAUUAUUGUGGAUAUUGACAAAUUUGAAUGUUAAAAGAUAAAUUUUAUUCCUUUAUACUUAAAAUAUAUUUACCGAACAUUAAGUUACCCAUCAAAAUGUUUAUUUAAAUGGAAAUGUUAAUGUUUCAAAUUAACUUUAUCUGUAUUUCCAAAGUUGUUAUACUGAAUUCAUUGGAACCUUCUGCAUUAAGUAUUGAAUGCCCAGAAUAUAAAAAAUAUACCAAUAUAAAUUUUAGGCAUUAUUAACCAAUAUGUUAUACUUCAUAUUCUACUGUGAGUUUAAUAAAACUAUUUGCUUUAGCACAAUAAAAUUUUUGAGUUAAAUAAUAAAAGAAUCAGUGGCAUUCUAGUCUUAGCUUCCCCAAAUAUUAUCUAAAAUAGUGAAAUUUUGUGAAUUUCAUCAGUAUUAUCUAAUUGUAUUCUUUCCUUGAAACUUACACUUUUAUCACAUGACUUGGUACUAAAUUUUCAUGAAUCCAGCUAUUUUAUUUAUCAUAGAUAUUGCCUGUUGUAGAAUCAAAUACUUGCUUAUGUAAACAUUGCAGUAUAUUUUAUUAAAAAACAAAAGGA